AACCGAGGGGCUCGGGUCACCUCCGGUGAGUUGGAGGAUCUGGAGGUGGUUAAGUCCUGAGGUGGGUUGAGAAGGAAGGCUGGGCCCCCGAGGAAGCCCGGAGGGGGUCAGAGAGAGCUGGGUAGGGGCCCAGGGCGAGUGGACAACAGGCCAGGUUGGGGACAGCGGGCAGAUGAGCUGACAUCUGAAGCUAAUGUAAAGUAAAGCCGGACCCAGCUGGAGCUAUCUCGGGAGUGAGGCGGGCACAGGCUGAGAGUAGCCCCCCAGAGAGACAGGGAGCUCAGGGAAGGGACCCUACAGAAAGGCCAGGUCAGGGCAGUGCCCCCCACCCCAUGGGGGAGACCCCUCCCUGGGGUUACCGAAGCCAUGCUGUCCCGCAAGGGCAUCAUCCCUGAGGAGUAUGUGCUGACCCGACUGGCAGAGGACCCAGCAGAGCCCAGGUACCGUGCCCGAGAGCGGAGGGCCCGCUUCGUGUCCAAAAAAGGCAACUGCAAUGUGGCCCACAAGAACAUCCGGGAGCAGGGCCGCUUCCUGCAGGACGUGUUCACCACGCUGGUGGACCUCAAGUGGCCACACACGCUGCUCAUCUUCACCAUGUCCUUCCUGUGCAGCUGGCUGCUCUUCGCCAUGGUCUGGUGGCUCAUCGCCUUCGCCCACGGCGACCUGGCCACCGACGAGGGCACGAGCGUGCCGUGCGUCACCAGCAUCCACUCGUUUUCAUCCGCUUUCCUUUUCUCCAUCGAGGUCCAGGUGACCAUUGGUUUUGGCGGGCGCAUGGUGACUGAGGAGUGCCCCCUGGCCAUCCUGAUCCUCAUUGUGCAGAACAUCGUUGGGCUCAUGAUCAACGCCAUCAUGCUGGGCUGCAUCUUCAUGAAGACUGCCCAGGCCCACCGCAGGGCAGAGACCCUCAUCUUCAGCAAACACGCCGUGAUCACCCUGCGCCACGGCCGCCUCUGCUUCAUGCUCCGCGUGGGUGACCUCCGCAAAAGCAUGAUCAUCAGUGCCACCAUCCACAUGCAGGUGGUGCGCAAGACCACCAGCCCAGAGGGCGAGGUGGUGCCCCUCCACCAGGUGGACAUCCCCAUGGAGAACGGCAUGGGCGGCAACAGUAUCUUCCUGGUAGCCCCGCUGAUCAUCUACCACGUCAUCGACUCCAACAGCCCACUCUAUGACCUGGCACCUAGUGACCUGCACCACCACCAGGAUCUUGAGAUUAUCGUCAUCCUGGAAGGCGUGGUAGAGACCACGGGCAUCACCACCCAGGCCCGCACCUCUUACCUAGCUGAUGAGAUUCUGUGGGGCCAGCGCUUUGUCCCCAUCGUGGCCGAGGAGGACGGCCGCUAUUCUGUGGACUACUCCAAGUUUGGCAACACCAUUAAAGUGCCCACGCCACUCUGCACAGCCCGACAGCUGGAUGAGGACCCAAGCCUGCUGGAUGCCCUGACCCUCGCCUCAUCCCGUGGACCCCUGCGCAAACGCAGUGUGGCUGUCGCCAAGGCCAAGCCCAAGUUUAGCAUCUCUCCGGACUCCCUAUCCUGAGUGGUGAUCCCUCCCCGGGGGAGCUCCUCCCCCCUCAUGAAUGUGCGCCCACAGGUACAUAUGUGUGGUAUGGUAUGUAAAACGGAUGAGGUGCGGGGCAUUGGCCAAGUGAAGGUUUGAAUGUGAGGCUGGGCCCACCUCAGCUCAGCCUCCCCUCUGCUGCGUGCCCAGGGUGUUACAAGACACUUGUCACUCCGCUAUUUCUGGCCUCCGCAGGAGCCUAUACCGGGUUAUUUUUGUCCUUACUCCUCCCAGCCCCAACUCAGGACUGGCUUACACCUCACUCCCUUUCGAAGGUUGAGGAGGCUGUAGGAGGUCCUAGGGCCUAAAGCUGAGUCCCCAGCCAGUCCUAGCCCCUGUGAUCAGCCUGCCACAAACAGACAGGUGCCUGGAGAGAAAAUGAUCUCCAGGUUGGGGACUGACUGCUCUUCUUCUGUGGCUGACAAGAAAAACCUGGCCAGGCCCCAAGCCUCUUUGGUCCUUGAGAAAGUGAUGGAUGAAGGCAUGGGUCUGGCCAGCCCGGGAAGGCGGUCGUAAGCCGUAAAUCAGUGCGCACCUUCCAGCUUCAAGACUGGAGUUGGGGCCCACCUGGGCAGGCAGGCUAGGGCUGCCUGGGCUCCCCUCCAUGGGGCAGGCUCAGGCCACAGAGUGGGGACAAAGGAACAAGGGGUGACAGAAGGAGGCCUUGCUGGCCCCUGUUCAGGCCCUUCAUCGCCAUCACCAGCCUUCCGCAGAGAAAGCUUCGUAGCCAGGCUGUUGCCACCACACUGUCCCUGCCCUGGGAGGCUGGCGGGGUGGUGCUGACGCUGACGCGCCACGUAGAGAGGCUUGCGGAGGAGACUCGACGUCUUCGGGACAUGUUCUGCCCCUCCCCGCUCCCCAUGUGGAGCUGUGACUCACUUUGUCUGUCAGCAGGCGGCUGGGUGGAGAUAAGGUGUCUGGAUUGCUGGAAGAAGAGAGGUUGGGAAGUUCUGGCCAGUGGGGAUGAGGGAGGGAGGUCCCCAAGACUCUUGAGCUUGACUCUCAGAGCACUGUUACCCAUCCUUGCCCAGAACUCUGUUGUCAAUAAAGCCUCCCCUGUCCCUACCCAAAUGCUGGGCUGUUCUGGCCAGGGAGGCCGCAGGUAUGCCAGGAGAAAGGACAGGCAGGGCCUCGGCUGUCAGCCUACAGUCAAGACAAGCAGGCCCUGGCCUGGAGACCAGGAAAGAGACUUGGGGCCGCCUCCUCUUGCCAGUUGAGAGAGGGCCUUUGCCCCUUGCCCACUGCUAAGCUAUCUGGCCAUCUCAGUCACUGGGCAUCCACCAGGUUUCAUAGUCUCAGGCCUGGCUGCCCUCCCCUCCCUGGGCUCUGCUGGAAGGAAGGCUGAGGUACGAAGGGAGGAAAGUCCCGGCAUUGGGGUUAGGAUGGCCUGGGUGACUCUGGGUGGUCGUUUCUUCCUCCAUGGUGACGGUCGCUACCUCGUGGAACUGUGGAGCGGUGUAAGCGCAUGGAGCACAAGUGCCUGGUCUGCUGUUCGUACUCAAUAAACGCUACCUGCUGUGAGCGCUGCCCACUCGCCGCGUGAAGAGAAAGGUGCUUUGACACUU